AUGGAUAUUUCAGAAGAAACCGCUGAUGAUGUGAAUAUGAGGAUAUUCCAUUCGAUUGCUGACGUUUUCCAGAAGGCACAAUCGACCUAUGCAGGACAUAGGAAGCACGUUGCUGUUUUGAAGAAGAUUCAAACUAAAGCCGUUGAUCGUGGUUAUGAAUCUGCAUUUAACUACUGGUUUAGUAUGUUGGUGACUAAGGUUUUGCCAUUGAGGAAAAGUGAACCCGUAGGGAACAGACUGGUGAAGUUGGUGGCAGCAUUUGUAGCGUCCUUGGAUCGAGAAUUAGAAUUAGCUAGGAACAAUCAAAGUGGAGAGCUAGAUCCGGAACACGGUGAAGUUUAUUCGCGAUUUGUGGAUCAUUUUGUUAGGCAUAUCCUGAGGGGAAUUGAAAGUAAAGAUAGAAAUGUGAGGUAUAGAGUUGUUCAACUGUUAGCGGUGAUUAUGGAUAACAUAGGUGAAAUAGAUGAAUCUCUUUACAACUUAUUGACGUGGUCCUUGAAUAAAAGAAUAUAUGACAAAGAGCCCAAUGUGAGAAUUCAAGCUGUGUUUUGUUUAACCAAAUUUCAAGAUGAUGAUGAAAAGGAAGUAAUAGAGCAAAAUGAUCCUGAAGACGCCAUUCAUAAAUUAAUGUCGCUAAUUCAGAAUGACCCAUCUGCGGAGGUAAGGCGUGCAUCUAUGCUCAAUUUAGUGGACAUGCGGAUGACGAGGCCUUAUAUAUUAGAGAGGGCAAGAGAUGUUAAUCUAAUUAAUAGGAGAUUGGUUUACAGUCGAAUUUUGAAACAAAUGAGUGGUCAAUGUUUCGAUAAAGUAGAUUUCAAGAUAAUGGAUCAAUUAAUCAAAUGGGGAUUAGAUGAUAGAGAAGAGAGUGUGAGAAAAGCAUGUAAUAGGCUUCUUUCCUACGAUUGGUUAAACAUGUUUGGUGGUGAUAUUAUCGAAUUUUUGGAAAAACUCAAUGUCACUAAAUCUUCGGUAGCAGAUAAAGCUAUGGAGUGCCUUUUCCAGACUAGAGAUGAUAUAAUACCCAAAUUAAAUUUUCCGCAAAAUAUUUGGAGAGAGUUUACUGUCGAGACAGUAUUUCUGUUGCGUUGCUUUUAUACUCACUGUGUUGAUAAUAAUUUACAUGAAAUCAUCGAGAGCAACUUCCCAGAGGCAUCGAAGUUAGCAGAUUCCUUGAAUUUUUACUUGCAAAAGAUUUUAGUGGAAGAGGAAAAAAAUGCCUUGUCUGAUUUAGAGAGAUCUCAUGUUGAAUUCAUCAUUGAACAACUGCUUAUUAUAUCAAAGGAGUAUGAUUACAGUGAUGAAAUUGGUAGAAGAUCUAUGUUGACUGUAGUGAGAAACAUGCUUAGUAUCUUUGAGCUUCCAGAAUCUCUUAUUAAAAUUGGUUUGCAAGUUCUUAAGAGUUUAUCCAUUAAUGAGAGUGAUUUCGUCACAAUGGUAAUUGAAAUUAUUAACGAUCUUAGGGAUGAUGAUAUUGAAAGGCAGGAGAAAGAACAGGGAGAAGACGAGGCAAGCAAAGGGGAAAACGAUGACGACGACGAUGAUGAUGAUGCAAUAGAAUCCUUCCAACAGAGUGUUGAAAAUUUAGUAAAUAAUGGUGUCACGUCAAGGGAAGAAUUGGUGAAAAAUUUGAAACCUCCAAGAAAAGCUAGACCAGAGACUGUAGUGGUUUGCUUGACAAGAUCCUCACAUAUGCUGGAGUUAGUUAAUAUGUCAUUAGAACAAAAUAUUCUAAUUACUUCAUUGAUAGACAGUUUGAUCACACCAGCUGUGAGGAACACCGAACCAAAGAUCAGAGAACUUGGUGUGAGAAAUCUCGGAUUAUGCUGUCUACUUGAUGUUCAACUAGCUACAGAAAGCAUGUACAUUCUUGGUAUGUGCGUUUCUAAGGGAAAUGCAUCUUUGAAAAAGAUCGCACUACAGGUGAUUGUUGAUAUCUUUUCGGUUCAUGGCAGCAGAGUAGUUGAUGGUGAAGGUAAAGUGGAUUCCAUUUCUUUGCAUAAAAUUUUCUACAAGGUUUUGAAAAAUGAUGAUCUACCGGAUUGUCAAGUGGUUGCCGCUGAGGGCCUCUGUAAACUUUUUUUGGCUGACGUUUUCACUGACGAUGAUUUAUUUGAGACAUUAGUCCUUUCCUAUUUUUCUCCAGUUAAUUCUAAUAAUGAACCACUUAUCCAGGCAUUUGCCUUUUGUAUACCAGUUUACUGUUUUUCACAUUCCCAACAUCAAGAACGUAUGGCAAAGAUAGCCACUGACGUUUUAUUGAGAUUGUGUAUGCUUUGGGAGGAUUUACAAGAGGAUGAAGAUGAAGAAGUUGACCGUGAUGCUAUGCUCAAACCUAAUAUCAUUUUUCAACAGUUAUUACAUUGGACAGAUCCGAGGAAAUUAAUUAAUCGAUCAGAAGAAGAGGCUGCAAAGGAUAAUGUGCAACUCACCUUUAUGUUGGAUUUCUCGAAAGCCUUUUCCAAAAUCGAGAGAAAAGAUAUCAAGAAGAUGCUUUUGACGAAUAUCAAUGCUGCAUUCAUCGCAUCUGGACAAGAUUAUAAACUCUUGAAAGAAUUGGGGGAACAUUUGGAUGAUAUUGUAGAGAAUGAAAAGUUAGACACGGUUAGUCUCAAUUCCCUGCAAAAGUUCAAGAUUGCACUAGAAAAGGUUAAAGAGGAAGCAUGUGAAAAAUCAAACAUCAGUAAAGAUGAUGAUGACUCGUUAGAUGAGCAAUACUCGCAGAUUUUGGAAAGUUCUAUCCAUCCUACGGAUCUCAAUGAAGAAAAUGAACAGAGUGAGAAUUUUAUACCUGAGGAAAAUGGAGAAGAAAAUGCUUCCUUCAGAAAUGCCGAUGAAUCUAAAGAAUCUGAGAUGUCAUCUGGGAAGAAAAGAACGAGAUCUGAGCGAGAGGGGGUUAUUGAUGCUAACAAUAGUAGUAACGAGAAAAUGGAUUCGUCCACGAGUGGUAUGUCUGUUGAGUCUCAAAGUAAAAAUUCUAAUCUACCACAUAAGUUUGAAGAGGAUAGCGACGUAGACAUGUCCGGGGAAACACAAGAUCUUUCAACUGCGGGCAAUUCCAAGACGAAUUCUGCAAAUUUGUCACAUAAUUAUGGUUCUUCAGACUACUCUCAUUCCUGA